CAAUGUAGUUUUCAUUCUAGCUAUGCGAACAAUUAUAUCGUGAAUGAAAUCAUUCAUUGUGUUUUUAAGAACAUAUCUAACAUUUUUAACCUAUAUUCAUGUGGGCGACGGUCACGGUUCAGUGACACUGUCUUGACACACGAUAUUUUCUUACGCCCUUCGUUAAUUUCGCGGAGGAUUGUUAAUUCAGUAUUUGCACAGAAAGUCCACAUUGGCUUAUUUUUUUUAACUAAAAUUAAAGUGGUAAUACUACGGAUUCGCCAUGAAUAAGAUGUUGUUAUUGGGAAUUGCCCUGACGGGUGGUGCAUUGUUGCUGUGUAUUGUUGCGACUGCUAUACCAUACUGGUGGAGCAGCGAUGCCGUAGAUGUCGGACUGUUCCGUGUAUGCGGAUCAACGAUACUUGGAAACAAAUGUUUGGAGUAUAGUGACACUCCUGACUGGUUGGACGCAACACGUGCUAUGAUGAUCUUGGCCAUACUAUCACUCGGUGCGAGUAUCUUGAUGUCCAUUCUGUUUGGAUUUAUUAUGAAGGAGAGGCAGUUUCUGGCUAUAUUGUCAGCAUUGUUAUGCUUUGCUGGGGCUGGGCUUACGAUACUAGGCGUAAUCAUUUUUGGAUCAAAGCAUCCUGGCGACUUAUACAAAGUACUUUACGGAGAUGGAUCCCUCCACGCAGGCUUCGGAUUGGCGAUAAUAGCCGCCAUAGCAGCUGGGGUGUCCGGCAUGGUUGUUUUUUUAGCAAAGGGUAGAAACGUUUAGAUGCAUCAAGUUAAACAGAACCUAACAUUUUAUAUAAAUCUAAGCUUUAUCUAAACUUAUUAAAUCAGGUCAUUUAAGCUUUCAACUGUCAUAAUGUUUUUGGGAUGAAAGGACGCUGAUAGUAUGACGUCACUUCAAGAAUGCUGUUAAAAUAAGAGGUUAGACACAGUGCUUGCUGUUCAAGAUGUCAAUAUUUUAAUUGCAAAUGUAGAGACAGUUGUUCAUUUAUUAAAAGCAGACGAUCUAUAUUUUUGGAGUAACUGGAGUAUUCAGUUGCAAUGGUUGGUUACCAAUUAGUUUCAUUAGGUGUGCAAAAUGUUAGACCUGUUUUUAACUACAUGGAUAAUUAUAUUGCUGUCAUGUAACGCUGUCUGUAUGUAUAUGCCUAAGUUAUUUACCGACACGCUUUUUUUAAAUAUAGACUUGUAAACAAAUUCCCUUAAUAUUAAAUGAUAUUCAAUACAUUUUUAUAUCUUGGUCAUUUAAUCUUUUUUUUUUAAUUCGUCCAAUAAUAAUUCAAACGAACGAAGUCUGUAUUGAAAAAAAAAUGCAAGCAGGAGAUCAAAAUGUUUAUGAAUGUGAAAAAAUCUAGAUCUCAACGUAAAUAACUGAAAACGCAUAAAUUGUAUUUUCAAAAGUCUUUAAUUUUGCUGAAGAAAUUAUCGUAUCAUACAAUUAUAAUCUCAUUAACAUUACGUUCACAUUCUUUUAUUUUAUUAUUUUAUUAUUGCUACAUUUCUAAUGAAUAUUAUAUGCAUGUAUUUUACUUUUACUAGUAUAUUAAAUAUAAAUAAAGUA